AUUGUUACGUCAAAAUUUUGUUUGACAAAACCAUGUAGAAAUAUUUUUUGCUAAAUUGCAAAGUUGUAGCAUCAGUGGAGCAUAAAUUGAUUUGAUAACAAUUUUAUAUUAAAUUAAUAAUCUUAUUUUGGAAUCUUGGUUAUGAGCCCAAUGUUGCUUAAAUUUAACAGUUCUUUAGUCCUAGCAUGUAACUUAGUUUGAUUUAAAAUUGGUUCGAUUUUUCUAGUUUUAUAGAAAAUUACUUGGGAUGGAUCUGAACGGAUUACUGUAUUACUUAUUAUAACCGGUUUGUCCAACGUUAUAAGAUUAUCUGUCUUAUAUUUCGAUAUAAACAUCCCAAACUUACACUUCAUCUGUAAUUAUGGCUGCAAAACAGAAAAAUAUAUUUACACGGAGUAAGCCUCUGAUGAACAUAUACAGUGGCGUAGACCAUGAAGGCAAAGAGGUGGAGGUGCGUGAGGAUGCAGAGCAGCUAGUGAAAUGGCAUGAAAUAUCAGAUGCGCUGGUCGCAGCUGGCUACUACCGUGCUCAGCUGCAGGGGCUGUCGGAGUUUGAUAAGAUUGUGGGCGGGCUCACAUGGUGCAUAGAGCUGUGUGACAUAGAUGUUGAUGUCAGCCUCCUGUUCGAAGAGAAUCUCACCAUUGGCAAGAAAAUAGCAUUGACGGAAAAAAUUGUGAAAGUAUUGCCAUCAAUGAAAUGUCCCUAUACAUUAGAGCCACAUCAAAUACAAGGGUUAGACUUUAUUAACAUUUACCCAUUAGUAUUGUGGCUGAUUAAAUACUCAAGCGAGUUUAGGGAAGCUAAAGAGGAUGAGCUACGCAAGUUUGCUGUCAUGCAAUAUGAUAAGAGCCAUAUAUUCGAGUCUGAUAGAGCUGUCUUUAUGCAGAGAGAAAAACUAUUACGAAAUCUAGCUGUUGUACAGAAUUUGUAUAAACCAUGCAGAGUUCGCAAGAGGAAAGGUGGUUUGCCUGCAAAUGAGCUGGAGCAAGUGAAUGCCACUCUCUCAGAGUACGACCAGCGUAUGUUAAUGCAUGUGUCCGCUAACAAAGCUGACGUUAAGAAUGAUGAUGGACUAGAUUUCUUGUAUGAUUAUGAGAAGACUUUGGCAGACCCUACUGAAAUAACUACAGAAGCUAAUAGAUAUGAGAAGGGUGAACCAAAGGGUAGUGAUGCUGAUACCAAAAUACAUUAUGCAGUAUUACAUUCAGAGCUUACUGGCGAGGUUUCCAAAGAAUUGGAAGAGCGAGAAAAGCAAAAGUAUUCUGAAGAUGUAGAAAGACUUACCCAGAAUAUAGAUGUACUGCAGAAAGAGAUGGAGCAGUUCAAAGAAACCCAUCAGGGGAAGAUGGAAAAUGCUAAACUGCAGUAUACAGAUGUUCGAGGAAAACUACAGAAGAUAACUAAGAAAUUGAUGAAAUGUGAUGGUUUCAGUGAUAAAGAUGUAAAGCAGUUUUACAAGUCAUUAAAGGAGUUAGCCCGGGAGAGGAAUGAAUUGUUGCAAAUAAUUGAACAUAGGAAUAAAGAACAUACAAAACUUGAGGACAAGUUGAGAGCCGCAAAAGAUCCGGAUACCAAAAUCGAAGAGAAACCAUUGUCGCCAGCAGAGUUGAAGGAGUUUAAUGAAAGAGAGGAGAAAUUGAAGGCUUUCAUUACUAGUAUGAGAUUAGAAUUAGCCAAGUUGAACCGCGAAGUCCUACGGUAUUCUAACGCCAUUGAUGAAGUUCCCGGUACUGCCGAGUUGCUGCAAUACGAAAAGAGGUUCAUUGAACUUUACAAUCAAGUGGCAUCUAAGCACAAGGAAACGAAACAGUAUUACAUAUUCUACAACACUCUACUAGAAGUUAAACUAUAUACCUCAAAAGAGCUGAGUCUGCUUAAUUCGAUUCUGGACAACUAUGAAGAGGCUAUGUCUUCAGUCAGGAAGAGGGAAGAAUUUAUGACGCAAUUCGAAUCCAUAGUUGAGUGGGUCAACCAUACUGUCAAAAAGGUCGAGGAGAAAUUCAAAAGUGAAAAGGAACAGAAAAAUGAUCUCUACAAUGAAUAUUCCAGGUUGAUUGAUGUCCAAAGACAAUAUGCUGCCGCAUUGAAGAAAUUAGGAGAACAGAGGCAAAAAAUAGAGAGACAUAGUUGACCAAAUAAUUAUAUCUGUUAAUAGUUAUAUUAAGGCAUUUGUCUCGCUAUUUUACUAUAUAUCACAUGCAUAGUUUAUCUAGUCUCGCAAGUUAUUAGUAGAUUAAUUUUCUACUUUUAUAAUCAAUUCAUUCCAGUUCCCCUGAACAAGAACCCUCAUGUGUAGAAUUUAAGACUGAAUAUAGGUUUUAUAUUGUUCAAAAUGUAUUUCUAUUGCACUGUAUUUGUAAAGGAUGAUGCAAAUUUAUUUAAAAAUAAAUAACAUAUAUACAUUCA